ACCGUCACACCCUCUGUGCUGAGCAACAACACCUGAGUGAGGUCAGUUGUCUCUGCUCAGAGUCAGAUAACGUUGGCUGUUGCCAUUUAUUCGAAAAUCAGAUCAAAGUUUUAGUCCGUGAAGGCUGAAGCGGUCCACAGAGGAUCAGUCGAAUAUGGUGUGUGGCGGAUUCACUUGCUCCAGAAAUGCUCUUUGUUCGCUGAACGUGGUUUAUAUGCUGGUGGGCCUGCUGCUAAUCGGUGUAGCAGCAUGGGGCAAAGGUUUCGGCUUGGUGUCGAGCAUCCACAUCAUCGGAGGCGGCAUCGCGGUGGGCGUGUUCCUGCUACUCAUCGCCAUUGUGGGACUCGUCGGGGCAAUUCACCACCACCAAGUGAUGCUGUUCUUCUACAUGGUCAUUCUCUUCAUUGUUUUCCUCUUCCAAUUUGGAAUUUCCUGUUCCUGUUUGGCAAUGAACCGUGGACAGCAGGAGACCCUUUUAAGUGGAACAUGGAGAGUGUUAAACAACAAGACCAAGACAGACCUGGAGGUGCAGCUGAACUGCUGCGGGCUGCUCAAUGUGACCAGCAAACAGGCUCAGUUUGAACAGGACCUGCGCGACUGUCCAGCUAUAUGCAAAAAGAGCGGCUCCUGUUUCGCCUGCGGGGACAUAAUGCUGAAUCAUGCCACAGAGGUGUUGAAGAUCCUCGGAGGUGUUGGGCUCUUCUUCAGCUUCACAGAGAUUCUCGGAGUGUGGCUCGCCGUGCGCUACAGAAACCAGAAGGACCCUCGAGCGAACCCCAGCGCUUUCCUAUAGUCUGUCCCACAUAUGCCGUGUCGUGCCAGCGAUAGGUUCCCAGGCUCAGUGGCAAACACAGAGUAGUGUGCAUUUGUAGGCAGACACUCAGGCAUAUGACGUGGAGCCAAACACAAACCACAACAAUUUAGAUGUUCACCUGACACACACACAGAUACACACAGAUACACAGCAAACACUCUUGAAUUACAGAAUGAGAAACUUCACCAUCUUGUCAACGUGUCCAGAUUUUGUUUCCUGCCACAGCUGAAGCUGGAAGACUCGGAUACUUAAGUAUGAAGGGAUGACUUGUCAGACAAACGUGCCGCUCGUUGGCGUUGUGACCCAGCCUUGAUUUGAGUACCGCUUUUUCCUGCCUGCACGGUUCCAGUUACGUAAGAAGUAGCUCUGCAUGUGUCGUAGGCCUGGAUAGUCCAGCAGCCCGUCAUUGAUUUUUUUUUUUUUAAUUACACACACACACACACACACACACACCAACCAACCAACCAAGUCUGUUGUCCGCGGAGAAACUUGCACCUUGAAAUUUCCCUCCCCCGUCUCUCAUGCGGCCACGUAUCAGCACGUACAGUUUGUUCCUCCGCUCGGUGCUGUUUCCGUGACAUGUAGAACAUAUUUAGAGCGAUCGCAGAGAAGGUGGGCUGAAUGAGGAAGGGCAGGAGGAGUCCACUGAAUGUGUGAGGUGACGUAGGUUGUUUUUGGUUUUUUUAAACUUUCAUGUUUGUGUCUUUGUUUCCAGAUGCUGAGUUUUAAUAGUGUAAGAAUAUACUUCAGGUGAUGUAAUAGCUAGUCAUGUGUGAACUGUAACUGAGCCAGUUAGUUUUUAACGGUCAGGUUUUAGCGACGCCAACAGACUGCAGCCUGGUUAUUGUACAAACUCAAACUAAAAUAACGUCAUUCCCUCCCAGUGGCUGAUCCUCGUUCCCCUCCGUCUCUACGCUUCUGAGGUCUGGCUGCAUGGUCGCUGACGGCCACAGAUAACUCAUUCCGUCCUGUGUCUGAUAUAUUGCUUUGUGUCCCACAGUGUUAUUAAUUAGAAUAGAUUCUGGUCGUAGGAAGAAAAAACAAAGUCAGGUACGCAUCAUUUCCCCUGUUUAACUGGAUCAUGGAAAAAAAGGAAAGUGCUGUUAGAUCUGAGAUGAUUUAGUGGCUUUGACUCAAACCUCUAGGUUGUAAAUACAGUUGUUUUUAUAGUGGAAAAAGAUUCUCUUUGUUGCAAUAUUUCUUUGCUAUUUUACUAUGCUACAAUGGGGGGGAAAAAAACAAGAAAAGGUGUUUUGGUUUGACUUUAAUUGCGCAUGAUUGUGUUCUCUGUUGCCAUUGGCUCUUUUUGUUUAUCAGUGUUAAAUGCUUUGUAAAGACUACUUAAAUAUUUUCAGGAUGUAUUUAAAUGAAGUUUGAUGUUUGACAUUAGGUUUAGUUUAUGUUGUACUUUUGAUGUAUUUUUUUAAUGCCUUGCCCAAAUGCGUGAUUUUCUUUUUUUUUUUUUUUCAUGUUGAUGAAUUUCUGCUCCUUCAUGAUUUUCUCUUUUGAAUUGUGUUUAACUUAAAAGACUAACACCAACUGUAAUUAUUCACUUCUUACUUGAACCUACCUGUCGUGGCUGAUAUGGUUUUCCUGCUGCUGGUUUGGAGUUAUCACUGGUGUAAAACAAGAACUUUGACACAUGUCAUACAUUGAGCAUAAUCCCAAAUAUUACACCGCAUCUUAAAUUGUGUGCACUUGUUAGUCACAUGUAUCAUGAACUUUUGAGACUUAAUUUUCCAAAUAAUAAAAUCUCAAAUUGGAAAUUA